GCUCGUGCGUGCGAGUCGGGGAUUUUUUUUUUCGUUAUUUUUUUGUAGGUCUUUUUUUGGCCGUUUUUCUCUGGUGCGACGGGAGGUUUGACGGGAUCGCUGGGAGUGUUUUUGUUUGACGUGUCUACCUGUGGUGGGAGGAAGGAUGAAAAUAAACAAGGAGGCGGGACGAAAAUUAAUCAUGAGUAGAGAAAAGGAACACAACCUCGCGCCUUCCAUGAACGUGUCGCACCCAAAAGCCCUAGCUCGAACGCACGGCGGCGGUGGCCGCGAGAGGCAGCCAUGCCUCCCACGGAUGAACCGAAGGGAAAGAAGCAGCGGGCGAAGGACAAGCACUACCACCUGGCAAAGGAGCGAGGAUACCGGAGCCGCGCGGCCUGCAAGGUGCUCCAGCUCGACGAGCGCUUCCGGUUCCUCCCGUCGGCGCGCACCGUGCUCGACCUCGGGGCCGCGCCGGGGGGCUGGACCCAGCUCGCCGUCAGCCGCGCCACCGUCGGCGGCCUCGUCGUCGGCGUCGACCUCGCGCCCGUCCGCCCCAUCCGCGGGGCGCGUCUCCUCAAGGAGGACAUGACCGCUCCCAAGUGCAGCUCCAAGGUGCGCAGGCUCAUGGACUCCAGGGGCGUCGCGGCGUUUGACGUCGUCUUCCACGACGGCGAUGUACGGAGGAAGAAGAGAAGAAACCGCUCGGUGUGCGCUGGCACCGGCACAUCGGUGGCACAGGAGGAGGCCCCAACUACGCAGUCAGCCCUUGUCAUUAACACCAUACGGCAGGCCACCAUGUUCCUUGCCCCUGGCGGCGUCUUCAUCACCAAGUUCUUCAGGUGUCAAGAUUACAAGGCUGUAAUGUUAUGUCUCAAGCAGCUAUUUGAAAGAGUUGAGUUCACUAGACCUUCAGCAAGUCGGCGCAGACCUGCUGAAAUUUACCUCGUCUGUCUGAAAUAUAAAGCCCCUGCCAAGAUUCAGCCAGAACUUCUUGAUUUGAAGCACUUGCACUUGUUGAGUGUGGAUGCAGAGAAGAGCAAGUUUCUUGGUCGAUCUGCAGCGGAAGAGACGGCCUGGGGGCCGAUAAUAUGGAUUUGUGGGGAUUUACUUCUGAUGGAUAAAAAUCGCUUAAAAUAUAUCCUAAAAUGGCGCAUGCGCAUAAGGACUGCACUUUCAUGUUCACAAGUUAUAGCAACCGCUGACGGUACCACGAUGGGCACGAAGGGCAAAAAUGAUGACCAACUUUUACCGGAAAUGGAGGAACUUAUGAGUGUCAUUAGUACAAAGGAAAGGAGAGAGAAUAAGCGUCAAUCAAGGCAUCAGACAAAGGAGAAAGCACACAAGGCAAUAAGAAUGCAAACUGAUGCUACAGAAUAUUGUUACGGCGACCCUGACUUGUUUUUUGUUAGUGAUACCAAUGGUGGAAAAGAACCUCAAGCUGUUGAGUCAGGAGAAGAUGGAGACAGUAGGAAUGGAGAAACUCAAACUCAUGAGGACUCUGAUGAGGUGAUAGAUUCUGAUGAAGAACUGCAGAGGUAUGAAGCUCAACUUGAGGAGUUGAUCGAUGAAGCUUAUGCGCGCAUUAUGACUACAAGAGGCGGAGGAGUGAAACAAGAAACUAAACGUGCCAAGUGUAUUGAUCUCAAUACUGAUGCACAUUUUUACGAGGGUGUUGAAGAAUCAGAUGAUGGUGUGAUAGGGAUGAAGGUUUCUGAUGAAAAUUACGAUCAGGAGGCCAAUCCCCUUUCACCGUCUCUAGGUACAGAGCAGUUAACAAAAGAGCAGCUUCGAAAUAUGUGGUUCAGUCAGGAUGUGUUCCCAUAAUCUGUUUUUACGGGGGCAGUGUUUUAUAGGCGGUGGGCCUCCCCUAGGUGCGCAACGGCUCGGGUUUAAUAUCUAAAGAUAAGAGUUUGUAUGUCUUAAGGAUGGUAGAUCAGUUUGAGGGUGUCUAGACCUGACUAUUGAAUGAAUAAAGUAACAGAAAGUUAUCGGUGA